AUGCCCAUCGCUAACGCACUGCUCCUCCUUGUCGGUACCUGGUACGUUCCUUUACAGCAAGCCGCAAAUGACGUCUCGAAAUCAUUGUCUGUCCACCAGGCUUUGAACCGACACCGCGGCCACAUCGAGCCCACGCAGCGUUGCUGUGGCGGCACAGAGUCCAGCACCACUGUCGGCGGCGCAGUGGUCUUUCUCAAUGUGGCUGCAUUCGUCGGAAUCGUCGGAUUCGUCGCGGGGAACGCGUUUGGCGUCGCAUUGCAUCCAAAGCGGGGGAAAUCGAAAAUGUGUCUGAGCCACUAA